AUGAGCACGGACACGGCCGCAACCUCGUCCAUAGACACGUCCUCCGCGUCGUCGACCCCGACGCUCUCGACGUCCGAUACCACGGCAUCGCUCACCUCCACCACCUCAUCCACCACCGAUACCAGCUUAUCCAGCACCUCAACCACCACCCUCCCCCCGACCUCCAGCUCUUCCACCAUAGACUCGUCCUCGAUCUCAAGCAUUGCCUCCUCCCUUUCCAGCAGUGCCUCCAGUGCCUCCAGCUCUCUUUCCAGCGAGAUCUCCAGCGCCAGCGCGGCCGGAUCGAGCGUUACAUUAAGCCAGUCAGUGACCUCCGUCACGAGCGUCGUCUCGACGGCCGUUGUUACGACGAACCCGAAUGGCGGCGUUUCGACUGUCACGAUACAGCAGACGACCCUCGUGGGAUCCACGCAGACCGCCGUAAGCGGUUCAUCUGGCGGCAAGCAUUCGAGUUCGUCUCAUACGGGUGCCAUCGUCGGAGGCGUCGUCGGUGGCGUUGUUGGCCUCAUCGCGCUCCUAUUACUAGCAUGGUACUUCAUCCGAAGGAGAAAACGCGACGAUUUCGAUGGAAACUUUGAUCCGGACCGAGUCGUGCGCCAUUCGGGCGCAGGUCUCGAUCUCGCAGCUGGCGACGGUUCUGGCGCGGUGGAACCUUACAUACUUGGCGCCCCCGCAGCGGCUUCCGCGUCCACCGCCGGCAUCGCAGGACGCGGUGCCGGACCCGUCCCGCAGGGCUACGUCCCCGGGCCCGACUACUCUCGCGGCGCCAACGACAUCGUCGGCGGAUAUCCGCAGAUGGCGCAAUACGGAUACGGAUCAGGUGUCCCCGUCGCUGCUGCAGCAGCAGGAGCAGCCGGGGCGCAUACGGGGCAGACGUCGCCGACGUCCGCUUCGGCGUACUCGCGCACGAGUCAUUCGUCGCCGCCGCCGUCUGGGUAUGGGCCGACCUCUGCGUCGUCUGGGUACGGGCCGUCGCAGUACGGCCCUGCGGCUGCUGCUGGCUAUUACGAUGCAAGCUCGACGAGUCACAGCGGGAGUCAGCCGCUCAGCGCGAAAGAACGCGAAGUCCAGCGCUUACGUGUCGCGAAUGAGACGCAACCUACGGACGGCGCUGGAGGUAGCGGUCCUGUCUACGUCCAUUCUGACGGCGGUCGGCUGCCGGUGGAUGAACCAGAAAGUCCGAACGAGAUUCCGCCUACGUACGACAGUAUAGGACAGCGUUAGAUGCUGAGGGUUGCUUGAUCUACUAUUGCCCUUCACGAUCGCCGAGGGCUUUAUGUACGAGUAUAUGACGAUUAUCACUCCUUACUAAUGAUCAUUUUGAUUUUGACCUU